AUGAACAGGCUGUUUGAUGAUGCGGUAUGAAAAUAGACGGUAAGGUAAUCGCGGAAUGCGAUGGAAAAUAUGACUCGACGAUCCAAGAAUAAACGACAGAAAAACAAGCGGUUGCGAUUGUUAAAAAGAUCUCGGUACUGUUCCUCUUUUCUUUUUUUACAAAAAUCGCGUCAUGGCUGCUCGUUCGUGAUAUCAAAUCGCGCCUGUUCGAGAUAUUACUGCGCAAUCUUUGCUUCUUCUUACACGAUCUAACCAUCGAAACUUUCUUCUAUCUUCAAGGGUUGUAGAUCGUUCUGCUUGACGACAAAUUGAUUUUAAGCGAGAAUUAUGUACACGUAAAUUUGUGUUGUGUGCGUAAAUAUAAUUACUUGUAUUGAAAUAAUAAAACUACUUUUAACGAAGGAAAAGAAAGUUAAAGUAUAUUGUUAAAUAUGUCAUAGAAUAUUUAUUUCUUAGUCUCAUUUAACUUUGGUGAAAAAAAUUGUAUGUUUAAUUUCAGCAAUAAAUGCAGCAACAAUCAAAACUAUUUUUAACGAAGAAAAAGAAAGUAUAUUGUUAAAUACGUCAUAAAAUAUUUAUUUCUUAUUCUCAUAUAACUUUAGUAAAAAAAAUUAUAUGCAGCUGUAAAUCAUCGAUGUAUAAAAUUAUAAAAUUGUGAAAAAGGACUAAUACAGAAAUUUUAUAUAUAAAGUAUAUAGAAACGUAAAAAAAAUUCAACAUUUUCUUCUAUCUUUAAUCAAAUCUUUCAAAGAUGUAUUUAUUUUAUAGAAAAAAUUGUCUGGUUACAGGAAAUUUCUACGUAGUUAACUUUAACUCUACUAAUAAUAAUUACAUAUCAAUAUUUGAGACAGUAAUCACAAAACUAUAAUGUUUUAUUAAUCCAAGGACAUUUAUCGAAAUAAAAUUUAUACAGUCCAUUUUGUUUCAAUGUAUCCAAACCGGAAAUCAUUGUUCGAAUAGAAGUAAUCAUUCAUUUAAUCGUUUCGCACGGAAACCAACGAGACGUAAUAAGGCACGAUUACAAAUCUGCGUGAGGUCUGGCAUGCAAACAGUGGCUGAAAAUAGUUUUGGUUCGACCAAAUUUUACAAGCGAGCUCGUUGAUCGAGCGGAAGUACCGUUGCAUCCUUUUCGUUCGUCUCGUAAUUACAAAUAAAUCAAGAAAAAAAUCGACGAUAUUUUCCAAUUAAUAAGAAUUGGAAAAUUUUCAUUUCUUUUUAUAAAAAAUGCUGUGUUUUUAAUUAAUAUAUUGGAAUGGUUCCUAUCAACAUAGGACGUUGACAUUCAAACAAUGUUGGAAAACGAUUUAUCUCACCCAUUCUACGAUUAUCGAUUCGCGUUUGUUUCAUUCAGUUGAUAAAUACCGGUCCUAGAUUCUUCUUAUAAUUGUCCAUUUGCAUUGCCAUCGACAUUUGAUAAAUAUUUGUUUACUGCCUUUCUUAUGGGUUAUGAUUAUUCACUAAUCAAUAUGCAUUGUGCAAGUUUACUAAUAUUGUCACUGGACUGCAGAUUUUGAUGUAGACUUUGUAAAACUGAAAAAUAUUAAACCUUAAUUUUCUUAACAAAGCUACAAAUAUACUAAAUAUAGUCAUAAUGCUAAAAAUAUUUAAAUUUCUUUUAAUGUUGAACAAUCAAGUCUGUGGUUGGAAAAAAUAACGGAAAAAAAAUACAUCAUUCCAUAAUUGUAAUGUUUUACAAACGGAUUCGACGAGUGUAAAGUAAUCGAUUUAAUGUGAUUCAUUAUUGGUAUUAAUAAUUAUAUAUUGAGUUAUUUAUAAAUGAGUGAACGAGUGCAGACUCGAGCAUGUAAAAUAAUUGAAAGAAACAAAACAUUGUAUUUUAAUACAGCGCAACUAUUGAUCCUCCAUAAGUCACCUCCCUCUGUAACCAAUCUAACCUAAACCUGAUUUCAGGUGUACCUUCUCCAUUUUACGGAACAUAUCGGGACCAAAACAUCGGCGAAAGAACAACAGAGAGCCCGCCCAGGUACGUAGCUCUGAGGGACCUGUUUCUACCAACCCAAGAGAACCACGUGAAAACGACACCUGUGAAUCGUCAACAUUCAACGCGACACGAUCGCUCGGUCGCGUGCAACUUGAUCGGGGAUCGCAGUUACCCAGAUGGCAGCUAUCGCGAGAGGCGAAUUACGACGGAAGAACGCGACGAGAUAACGGAACGAAAUGUGAUAGCGCGACGACUCGAGUAUUCCGAUUUCGAGGCGAACGAUCCGUUUCGUGGCGAUGAUUUCUGCUUCGAUCGCGAAUAUUCACCCUACGCUGCAUCGAAGCCAAGGCCAGGUGAGUGUUAUUCCUUUUUGUUUGAGGUUUGCCUGGAAGAAGGUUGAUUUUUUUUUAAAAGAACAACAUUAUAUAGAUACAUGUAUAGCGACUGUCGUUAAUAUUCGAACGUUAAAUAUUGGUUAUAAUUUCACUAAAAAAAAAAUCGUAAUAAACUUGGGCUCGUUUUAAAGCUUGAAGACCCUACUUUCAAAAGUAGUUCGUUUGAUUUUAAAAAGUUUUUACAGUAUCUACGAGAUGGUAAAGUGAGGAUUCUAUUCUUCUCAAAGAUGCUACAACUUGUCAUAGUAUGUAAAAACAUACAAAUUUCUUUUUAUGACUAAGUCUACAAUAGAUUUGAAGCCUCCUCUUUACGACGACCCCUUAGAACUUUCUUUUCGUUUAUUUAUUAAACUUUGA